GUGAAAUAACCCUCGAAGCAAAACACGGAAGUGCAAGCCGCUGCUUCUCACUAUCAUCCCCAUCCUCCACCACCAUGGAUGCAUCAAGAGGAUGCUGGGACAGCUGCUUUAUUGAGGAUGAUUGGCCACAGAUGGAUGGCACGUGUGAUGCGUGUGAACCGGACGAGCCUCAGUCAGCUGUUUGGAUGUGCACACUCUGUCGCUUUGCCUUCUGCUCCAGCCAUGCAGACAAACAUUCACAAAGCACUGGUCACCAACUCCAGCCGUACAGCUCCCCAGACCCUCAGGCAGAGCAUGGGCCACCGAAAGACUGUCAGGUGUCUGAAAAUGCAGCAGAGGGGGCGGAGGCCACCAGUAAUGAUGAGCAUAAACCAGCGAAAAGAGACACUGUGACAGUGGAGAGGCUAAAAUGUAAGGAGCAUGGCCAAGAGGGUUCGCUCUACUGUAAACACGACCAGCGGAUCAUUUGUGUGCUGUGCGCUGUGCAGGGAGAGCACAGAGAACAUGAGAUUAUCACUCUCAAAGAGGCCUACCUGUGGCAGAAGAAUUCAGGCCAAGGAAUCACCUUGACCUUGAAUUAG